UGUUCAUCAAAGGAUGGCAUGGGGCAGACAACCCCGAUGGCACAAAUCUGCACCACCUCCACGAUGCUACUGCCCGUGCCGCCAAAGUUCUUUCCCCCCGUGAAGCUGAAUGAGGAGGACGAAGCGCACUUGCGUCGACUUGCCAAGGAGAAACUGCGCGGAAUGCAGGACCUGUUUCAAGGGCGGUACCCGCAAGCAAUGCAAUGGGUCCCAUGCGAGGAAAAAGGACAAGCGGCAUCGGUGGACGGCCCGCAAGUUAUGAAGACCCGCUUUGUCGACAUGGACAAUAACUCGCAGCGUGCGCCAUCAUCCAUGCUGUAUCGCUCCACGAUUAUCGUGAACGCGUCGUUCUCCAAGAGCAAGAUCUGGCGCAGGUGAUGAAUGCAAUCGCGUCGUGCAAAACGGACGAGUACCGCAAGCAGAUGCGAGGUCUGUACGGCGCCAACUUUGUCGAUGGCGUGUGUCUCCAUAAACUGCCGACCACCAAGCAAAACCGACCGGCGUACUUUUACACAGCACUCAAGUGGUGUGUGCUGCAACCUCCGACGAAAAAUGGCAAGGGUCUCGGCAGUGACUUUUGCUUUCUCGAGUAUGCAGGCAUCCACAAGGAGACCGAGGUCCACGAAAAGAUGGGGUUUUGCAUUCAGCAGAGUGUGUCCAUGGACAAGGAAGUACCCGACUUUGCCCACUAUGGCCUGCAGCGGGACACAUUUCAGCGCACAGGGCUUCUCGUGACAGCGACGAGCCGUGACCACACCGUACGCCUCACGUCGUUCUGCCAAAUCCAAAACGCGCGACUGCAGCCCGCGCAUCCGAGGGACCUGGAGCUCAUGAUGUUCCGACGCGUCGCGGCUGUCCGCGAGUUUGCCAUGUACCUGGAUCGAGACAGGCUGGGCCGGAUGCAAUUUGUCGAGCGGUCGCGAUGGAUCCCAGACACAGACCGGCGGACGUGCGCCGUAUGCCUCAAGAUGUUUCUCUUUCGACGAAAGCACCAUUGCCGGCAAUGUGGCGAAGUCGUAUGCAACAUGUGCUCGCCACAUCGCGAGAUCGACGCCACCAACUUUGGUCUCACUCGCGUACGCAUUUGCACGGUCUGCAUGAUGCGUGCUCGAUGCAAUCACGCGAUAUCGGACGACUACUGCGGGAGCUCUGUCUGUACCGUGAACGUCGACACCAGUGUCGUGGACUAUUUGCAGUCGCCGCCGCUCCAGAGCGGCCGACAGCGCGGCUGGGACGACGAAGAUCCAGAAGAGGUGCGAGAUCCUGUUCAACAGAAAAGUGACUACGCGUCCUUGAAUUUCGUGUCUCGACACGGGUACAAGCAGCAACCUGCCUUGGCUUACGACACGGUGCACCGGUCAAAGCAGGCCGCUGCUGCCGCCGCCACAACCUCAACAACUCCCACGUUUGUACGCACCCCUGCCAACCUGGCGUCGACCCCCCGUCCCGUGCUUGAAUUCGACGAUGAUGAGAAUGCUGUCUCGGAAUUUGUCCUGACGCCGCCGCCGCCGCAACCAGAUCGAAUCAUGAACAGGCGUGAUUUCCUGCCUCAGGCUCAACUACUGACUAGUCGCCACCAGCACCUCUUGACAUGUCCCCAACCAACGCCGUGCAGUUCGCAAAUGCAGUCGCAACUUGCGCUGCUCCCGUACCCAUCGUCGUUCAAUCAAGCAAGUGACUUGGAAUCCACGGUCAGCUUUCAAACGAACACAACGGACGACACCGAGUGUCCAUAUGCGACGCACAACUACGGCAAACUCAUGGCCGAGUUCCAACCGCAGCCAGAAUCCCCCCAGCCGACGCGACAGAAGCGUCCGAUGCCUCCGCCAUUUCCAUCCCAGCAAUGGAUGGACUCUUCCAUGGAAAACCCCGUCCAUCCUCCAAGCAAUCGAAGGAAUACCCCCAGCAACGCCAUGAUGAAUCCUCCAACGAGCCGCCCUGCAAUCACGCCAAAUAAUGAACACAACAAUUUGAGUCCAUUGACGCAUCCGAUUCGAGAUCCAAACAGUGCCCGCACAGCUGCUGUCUCUGCACCACAUGGCACGACUAUCUUUCAUCCAAGAGUAGUCCAUGGCGCUCCAGUCACCUCGCUCCGACUCCCCUCUUCGCAUCAGCCCCCCGCUCUCACUGACUGUAUGAAAGCAAGUCUGUCAGCGCGACAAGCCCUACUCAAGGCCCGGGAAUUGGCGCGACCGCCGCAGCAACUGACCCACUCCAACGCACGUCCGACCAAAGUCGGGGGCUUGAGCCAUCAAGGCCAGACCCACCCACCACCCCAACUCGAAAAACAGCAAAACUCGACACAUCCCGACCAUAGCUACCUCGUCCACCAGGCCAUGCUUGCAUUUGCCCGCCUCAAUCAACGCCCAGCGUCGUCACAGCCAUUCAGCCCCCCCACGCACACCCAAAUGAAUGGUAUUGAACGAGCGCUGGACUGUCUCAAUGUGGAUAUUCCGCAACUUCCCGAUCGCGUCCAGGUGCUGCGGUCCCUUGAGCUAAUGCUGUCAUCCGUCAUUAUGGACAAAGACCUCUCCGACUGCAUUCGCAUCGACGACCAGUCUCGCUACCGCCCUCUCCUUACAGCUUACCCCUCGGUGGAAAACGUGCUUCGCUCGAUUGGGUACACGUCUCCAUCUGCGUCUCAUGCUGUGCUGGCACUGGAGCACCUGAACCUGAGUGUGCUUAAUUAUGCCCUCGUGGCCAUCAAGAGUCAUUCGGGGAUUCCACCGCUGCCCUAAACUCCACCAUCGACCACAACCUUGUGUAAACACCACGAGGCCCCCGCCGUUGUCGUCUUCCCGAUUCCGUAAAGUAGGUCGACAGUCUACUUCGGAAUACACGUUGAACUAAGUUUUGCCGGCUGAGAGAGCAUUCA